UGGCUCACAUUGAAAUAAGCUCCUCUCUGGGGAAUUAGUUUCACAUUGACUUUUGUAUUCGCACUUUGGGUGUUGUCUUGCACCAUCCUCCAUGCCUUACCCAGCGGCAUUUGUUUUAGUUCUCUCGGUGGGCAGCAUGGGGAACACUAGCCAGUUCUGCAGGAACCUAUUGUAUGCGCCAAGUAGAAGAGCAGCUCUGAAUUCGUCCCCAGCCCUGGCAAACCUAGCGGUUUACCCCGACUGGAGCAUUGCCUACCACAGAAAUCUGGAAUCUACCACCGGACACGAAGUCCGUCCAGUCCUGUCCAGUCCCGUCGGAAGAGUGCAAGUCUCCAUAUUACUCCGUAGCGUCAUUGCGUGUGAGCUAGCCCCUGACUGUGACGGUCAAGUAACCAAGGUUAUCUGAAACUGGAGAAAUGACGAGUCUCAACACGAGCCUAGACUCUGCAACUCCCGGUCAGGUACACACGUGGAACGUCGCAAAACAAGGCAGAAAUGGCAGUAAAUCGUUUGGAGAUGUCUGUUCCGAGACGGGUAUGA